CUACAACAAUCAGAUGGGAUGGCAGACAUAGGUAAGUUACCACAUCAAGAUUUAUUUGCAUAAUCACAGAUUAACCAAGGCGGGAAGCUCCGAGCUUGGUGAAACAGAAACUAUUCAUUGCAGUGGGAAUUCGGGUUAUUUAACUCGAUGGCUGAAUAUAAACAGGCGGAGAGCUUGAUCCCGCAAUUCAAAAUAGAGAGAUUGCUCAACCAAGAUCAAAAUGACCGCCGCAUAUCCAUCCUCGGAUCCAUCAAUGAUGCACCUGGCAUACUAAUCAUCGAAAGAGCGGCUUUCGUUUCAGAUUCGGAGUCCAUUAAAGCGUUUCAUGCUGCGUUAACUAAUGUGGCUAUCCUUGGGGCCAACGAUAUAUACCGCUGGUACCUUGCAUCAACUGGACAAAAUCAUGUUUCCCCACCAGACUUAAAACUAAAUCUGAUUUGGCCCUGCACGGAGCAGCACAUCUUGAAAUACUCGGCGCAAAAUGUGCGCAUGGUUACGGAGACGCCAGAGAUAUAUGCGAACCACGUUCGCGCUUAUAUGCAGGGCAAAAGAGAGGACGGCAGGUUGAACUGGGUGUAUAAUAUAAUCGAAGGGCGGAAGGAGCAGGAGGAUGUGAUAAUUCGAGUGUCUGACCCAGUUGAAGGGUUCUUGCUGUUGCCCGAUCUUAACUGGGACCGCAAGACAAUAGGAACUCUCCGUCUUCUUUGUCUAGUGGAGCGACGUGAUAUAUGGAGCCUGAGAGACCUAAAGAAACAGCAUAUCCCAUGGUUGAAACAUAUGAGAGAGAAGGUGCUAGACGGGGUCGUGAAGGUUUAUCCCCAACUUGAGCGAGACCAGCUGAAGCUCUAUCUCCAUUACCAACCAACUUACUACCACCUUCAUAUUCAUGUUGUCAAUGUAAUGUUAGAAGGUGGCUCUACACAAUCUACGGGGAAGGCCUUUGGUUUGGAGAAUAUAAUCUCGCAGCUAGAAACUAUGGGCGGUGGACCGAAUGCUGGAAUGGCUGAUGUUUCGCUCUCGUACUUCAUAGGUGAGGAAAGUGACCUGUGGAAAACGGUGUUUGAACUCUUAAAACGAGGUGAGCAGCCCAAAAUAGGUUGAGCUGAGGAAUGAUAAAGAAAACUGUUCUAGAUAGAUCUUGUUUACUUUAUUUAUUAUUUCAAUUGUUAUAGAUGAAUACUCUAUAUGAUAGAGCUAUAUAACUAGUAAAAGAAGAAUUCCAAAGCAAGACUGAUUAAUCUGUCACUCUCAC